GAGAGGGCGCGUCUGCGCAAUCUACUAGAAUCAUAAUAUCCAUAACAAAUAAACGAUUUUUUCCAUUUAUAUAAUAUGGAAACCGGAAUUAUAAGUUCAAUUGUGAUGUUGGCCAUUUCGUGUCGAGUCUGAAGCAUAUCUCUUCUAACUUGUCUUAGAAAGAAGUGAGUCUUCACCCACUAGGACUACUGGCAUUAUAAUGCUAUUAUUACAACACAAAUCAUGUUGCUCAAAUUAAGUUUCAUGGAUUUGAUCAGAGCUAAAGAGACUUCAAGAGCAAAGAAAGCUUUUCACUUUGCAAUUAUCCUCAUGACGGCAGGCUGUGUCCUAUACGGCAGCCUGAAAAGCAUGACAAUGUCUCUCGCAAUUCGAAAAGCCUAUUUUCCAGAAACCGAGGACAUGCUUGAGCGCAACAGUGGCCCAAGGUUAUCAUCCGCUUUGGACCCAGAGACAGAACGAUUGCUUGAACAUGAAGAAAUGGGGUCGUUUCAUCUCGUGACAACUUUUGUGCCAUUUGAUCAUGAAGAUGUUAAAAAAGGCUUGGUACUAAACGGAUUGCUACCAUCAGAUAAAGAAAUCUCCACAAGGAUGUCGGAAAUUCUCGACUGUCUACAACGAAACCUUGAAAGCAAGUUAGUUGCAUUUGUGCAUGUUUUAGUUUAUCGAUACGAAACUGGCGACCGUCUGCAAUCGCUGAAAAUGAGAUCUGUCAAUAAACUUAUAAUCCAUUACAAUUUUGUGUCACCAACAAUUAUGGAUGCUAUUGUCUAUGCUUCGAAAUAUCUAAAAGGAAAGAUGGUAAUUAUACUUCAUCAAGAUAACUUUCUAGGAGAAGGUUGGGAAAAAGUUAAUCACAAAGUUUUAAGAGAAAAAAAGCUACUGUAUGCUUUGACAAGGCACCCGUCGAAUUGCAGUGCAGCAUUGAGAGCAGCGCAUUGUGGACCUGGAUCUCGUUAUGUCGGUAGCCAUGAUGCAUUUGCCCUGCACAUAAAAGAUGAAGAAUUCUUACAUGACCACCUAGCGGAGCUUGAUGUUCCUCCUAAUACAAAUGGUAUGGAAAACGUACUUAUCUGGGUUUUCAAGGAAAGGCUUAAAUAUAAGGUUUUAAAUCCUUGUAGCGUCUUAAAGGUUUACCAUAAUCACUGCACCCCAGUCAGGGACAAUUGGCGAAAGCGCGUUAAUGAAAGAGGGAUGAAUGGUUUAGCUUUAUUCACCAAUAAGCUUGAAUAAGCAUUUCGGUGACCCACUUCACUGCGAAACAAUCAGAAAAGACAAUGCCCAUUAUUGUACUUUGGCACAAUCGGGGAAAGACUUGACGUGCUCCUUUUAUUUUUAUUACCUUCUGUUUUUUACGGCUAGCCUUUUCCGUUCCGCCCCAGCUUGACUUUAGGCUACUGUGAUCUUCGGCUUGUCUAGCAAAGUUCAAAUGACGAGAGAAGGUCGUCAUGCUUGUGGCUAAUGACUGGAAGUCUAACAAGAUCUUACGAAAAAGAAUUCACUACAACAGAAAAGUUUGAAACUUCAAAUGCCGUAGAAAUUAACGCCCUUUUUAAAGUUUCGUUUGAUGAUGAUGUGACACAGAUUAAUGGAAAAAACGAUAGAAACGUCCAAACGGUGUUAAAGUUUAAAUUGCGUCCAUCAAUUGUCACUUUAUUGUAAUAAAAAAUCUAAUUGUAUUUGGAAGUCAAACAACAUAUCUACUUUCGACUCGGUAGUCAAAAAAGUGUUAAACGAACAUGCCCCUACAAAAAUGAAAUACGUUAGAGCAAACGAUGGACCUUUUGUGACAAAAGCAUUCAGGAAAGCCGUUAUGCUGCGGAGGAAAUUACGAAAUAAGUACAAUAAGGAAAGGACCAAAGAAAAUGAGAGGGCCUUCAAGAAACAAAGGAGCAGAGCAGAUGCGUUAAACUUCUACGCGAAACUAAACGCAACUAUUACCAAAAUCUUGAUUUUAAAAAAUCUCGUUGACAGUCGAAGGUUUUGGAAAAUUGUAAAGCCUGUCUUUUCUGGUAAGGUCCAGACUUCUUCUAGUGUGACUCUGCUGGAAAAUGACAAAGUUGUUUCUGAUGAUAGGGCUUUUGCUGGUAUCUUUAAUGAUUACUUUGUUAACAUUACAGGCUCUCUUGACAUUGCAGACGCUGAUUUGAACUUAUUAUUAACGGAUGGUAUUGAUGAUCCAGUUGGUAUCGCAGUGAGAAAUGUAGUUUGCAUCCAAGUAUUAAAAGAAUACAAGAGAGCUUUUUCUCAGAUCAUUCUCAGUCUCAAAAUCAUUCUCAGAUUUUUGAAUUUACUCCCGUUUCAGGAGUGGAUGUAAACAAUCAAAUAAAAAGAUUAGAUCCAAAGAAAACAACUCCUUUAGGUAAAGUCCCAGGUAAAGUCCUGAAAGAGAACUCAGAUAUAUUUCUACCUUACCUGACAGAUGAUAUAAAUUUGUGCCUAUCAGAAAAUUAUUUUCCUAACAAGCUAAAAGAUGGAGAUUGUGCUUAAAGGCAUUUGACAUGCAUAAGUACAGCGAAUCCAAAAAUAACUUAGGCCAAAUCGAUCAGAGCACGCGCACAAGAAAGGUAUUGAAAACCGCUCACGUGAAGCCACUGCGCGCUGCUCUAGGAUUUCACCGAUUUGCAGAAAGGCGGAAACUGUUCACAGCCACUUUAAUUUCUAUUAAUGAAAACAACAUCCUCUCCACAGAUCUCUAUGUCAAACCCACAGACACAUACAGACCUGCCAACCACGGUUUUUUGGUAUGAAAACAGGGAGAUUUGGCCAAAAACAGGGAGAUCCCUGGAUUUUGUUAAAUUUGUAAACAACAUACCUGUCAAAAAAAUCAUAUUGGACAAACAGUUAAUGGCAACAAUUAUCAUGGGUAGCGCCUUACUAAUGGUUUUUAACGUUUUCUGUAAUUUGUAAACACCAACAAAAACUUUGUCACAAAGAAAGUCAUUUCAGUCAUUUUCGUUGUAAGAAAACCUCAGCUGAAAGACAAGAAAAAACAGGAAGACGAUUAUAAAAAACCGGGAGACCGGGAGAAAGCAAGCAAAACCUUGAGUCUCCCGACAAAACCGGGAAAGUUGACAGGUCUGACAUACAAGUAUCUCCUCAGCACCUCCACACACCCCAAACACACCAAACAGUCAAUCCCAUACAGUCUUGCCCUACGACUACGACGCAUGUGCUCGGAAGACGAAACAUACAAACUUCGUAUAAAACAACUACUACCAGAAGUGGACUGGCUCCAAAUUUAGGGCCCGGGCAAAUUUGUCGAGAAAGGGCCCGGAAAUUCAAAGUAAGUUUACGGGUAUCAUGGAAGUAUCUUGUGACAACAUUAUUAAGGCUAGCCUAAAAGGCCAUUGGAAUAUUGCUAUUAGUUCUGAUUAGUUGCCACCAUAUAAGUUCAGAAACUCCAGAUUCAACAUAGCAGAGCCACAUUAAAAAAUAAAGAGGUUUAAUACCGUAUCAUACAGACGUAGCCAAAUGUGAAAGUCAGUUCUAAAUGAAAUAAGAUGCGCGCAAGAACUUUACUAAUUUUCAAAUUUUCAUCGGAAUUUUCAUCGUUCAAUUGAUUUAUAUUUAGCGUUGGAAAUUUGAAUUGGGGGUUCUACAAUCCUUUAUUUGGACCCACGCCGCUUUCCCUGUAUUGCCUGGGGUUUUAUUCUGACGUAGGAUAAGAGGGAAGAGAAAAUCAUGCCAUUGUGGGGAAAAAUUAUCGCUUUUUAGCUAAAUGACUUUUAAGUGGGAGAAGAAUGAAGCAAAAAGAUUAAAAGGCAGAUUGGGGGACAAAGUGUUUAGAUUGCUCUGGGGUUUUAGUAAAGGCCAUAACCAUGGUUAGAAAUUAAACAACAAAAAUAAACAACAUCUUCAAAAUGUUCUGUGAAGAUUUCCUUCUCGAAUGAGCAUGUAAAAAAGGCUAAGGCUUUAGCAUUCUCUUCCUGGCACACUUAUUUGUGGCUAAAAAUUACAGUUUUUGACCGGUGAAAUGUGUUCGAGAAAAGCCAAUCUCAAUCUCCUCAAACUUUCUCAGUAAUUCCAAGAAAUGACGUCCCUGGUGAUACUUUGUUUCCAAUUACCGACAACCAAGAUCAUAAUCUCAACAGAAAUCUUCAAAAGUAGUAUGUCAAACUAUGUCUACAUUUCUAUGAAUAUAAAGCUUCUAACGCAUUCCAGUUGCAUCUUGUCUCCCUUUCUUUAUCAGUUUACAAUGGUAGACAUACGCUGGAGCAAAAAUUUUGUUCCAGCUUUCUAUGCGUUGCACGAUUCUUGUCUGAUCGAAGCACAAACAAGAAGGGGGGCUGGGCCCUCCAUUGUUUUGAUGUAUAUCUGGUUAGCAUUAAAGUAAUCUACCUUUUUAGAAAUUGAUUCGAAAAUCUGGCAUGUCCUUGCAAACAUUGAAACUGAAGGCCCGAUGAGAAAUUUUUUCCGAUUUUGGAACUUCCAUUAAUUAUCGUAUUAUUAUUCAUUGACUUACAAAAGGCCUUUGAUACUGUAAAUCGUAACAUUUUGCUUUCCAAACUCGAACACUAUGGAAUUAGAGGGAAUGCACUUGGCUGGUUCAAAUCAUAUCUUACAGAUAGAGCACAGUUUGUUUCAAUUAAUGGUAGAAAUUCAGAGCAACUGAAGAUUACAUAUAGUGUGCCCCAGGGAUCAGUGCUAGGACCCUUGCUCCUUCUUUUAUACAUCAACGAUAAGCUAACCCCAAUGUAUUUCCAUAACUUCUUUAUCCCUAAUACAUCUAAUCACUGUCACGGCACAAGGCAAUCAACACGUGAUGAUCUCUUCCUCACUAUGGCAAAUACUUUACAGUACGGCUUAAAAUCAACUCGAUAUAUGGGGGCAAAAUUAUGGAACAAUCUACCUGUAGAAAUAAGAACUACCUCUUCUAAAUUCUUAUUCAAAAAAUAUUUGAAAAAUUAUCUUCUAGAAAAUAUUUGAAAGUCAGUGAGCUCUGCAAAAUUUCUUGUUUAGUCCAUGAAGUAAUUUAAUUUAAUUCAAUGUGACAUAAUUAUAGAUGAACAUAUGGAUUGCUGAAACAAAAGGGGGGCCUUCAUCUCGUUAGUUAACCUACUUUGAAGGCUCCUCCUUAAGAAUUCUGCUUCAUUUUGUCUUUUGAAUAUUGUCUUUUACAUAAUGUUAUUGUUGCUGUUGCGUUCUUUAGUUGAUUCGUUUAUAAUUUAUGUAACUAAAUAGCUUUUAGAAAUGUGUAGAAUUUGAAUUAAAUCAAAAAUCAAGAUCAAAUAGGUGUUAAAGUUGCUUAUUUUUGGGCUUGUAAAACGGGCCCGGAAAAAUUUUGCCUUAACUGAGAAUCAGUUUGUUGCAAACAUUGUCAUAAUUCAUGCUUAAAACUUUUGCAAUGGACAACAGAAUGAGAGAACUAGGUUGGAAAUGAAACGGGGGCCCAGGGGCUUGCCCCCGGAAAAGUUUUUGAAAACACCCUAUUUAGAAUGUCGGGACAUGUCCCAUGUUGAAAAUCAAAGUUUUUCUAUCCACAAUCGGCAUUGGCAUGAAGAAGACUCUCUACGCGGCUUGUAAAAUUUGUAGGUAUCAAAUGACGUACUGUCCUCAAUUUUAUGGAUCAAAUGAUGAUAUCAAAUGAUAGAUUUUGAAAGUUGGACUAAAACCCAAAGCCCGUUUUUCAGUUAGCGAGACACUCAUUUCCAAGAUUUUAUAAAGAAAGCAGCUUCUCUGGCCUAGAAGACGAUAUUAUUUUCGAUUAAACUCGAUCUCGAAAUCUUUAGAAAUUUGACGAAAUAUAAGACUUCGUUCUCAU